UGAGUGAUGACGUGAUACCUUUCACGAGACCUCGCCAAGGUCGUGUCAUGACCCCGUACGUGGAUGCCUCUGAGCCGAAGGAAAACUUGCACAAAGAGUGAAAAAAACUGACAUCCUUUGAUGCUGCUUCGGAGGAAAAAAAAAGCGGGAUGGGUGACUGACUGGUUAUGGUGACAAAACCAGAAAUCAUGGAGACAUACGAUUGUGAUGUAUUGGUGAUAGGCGCUGGGUUGUCGGGCCUAUCAUGCGCUUUGUAUCUAACGGAGAAAGACAGAGGCUUGAAGUUGAUGGUAUUGGAAGCAAAAGAUAGAAUUGGAGGACGUAUACUUACUCAACAGCUAACAGCUGCUGAUGGCACCAAGGAUUUCUGGGACUUGGGAGGAGAAUGGGUUGGAAGGCCUCAGAUACACUUACGAUACUUGCUGCAUAAAUUUGAGCUGGAUACCUUCAACCCAACAAAACCUACAGGAAGCAUUGUAAUAAACUCUGCUCCACAACUUCCAUGGCAGGCACGACUUGACAUAGCUCAGUUCACAUGGAAGCUUCAACGAAUGCGGAAAAGACUAGCAUGGAUGGAUCUGCAAAGUUCUGUUGAGGCUGUCACGUGGGAUGGGGUUACGUUUGAGUCAUUUUGUAAACAAAAUCUUUGGACACAAGAUGCCAAAGAUCUUAUUGAAGCAGCAACACGCUGCAUGUUUGGACUUGCUACCUCAGAGAUGACACUUCUCUACUUCCUCAUGUAUGUGCAGUCAGCAGGGGGCAUUGAGGUCUUCAGCAGGCCUGAGGAGUUCAGUGGCAGAGAGUGUAGAGUAAAGGGUGGCGUCCAGCAACUAGCUACGCACAUGGUUCAGAAGAUAGGAAAAAAGCAUGUUAAACUGAAUCAAGUAGUGACACAUAUUAUACAGAUGGAUGAUCGUGUACGAGUGGUAACAGCUGGACGCCUCCAGGUGACCUGUCAAAGAGCAGUAAUAGCUAUCCCUCCACACCAUGCAGCUGCUAUAAAUGUGAUGCCAUCACUACCAUCCACUAAACUAGCUUUGCUGAAAAGUGUUCCACUGGCAUUUUUAGUGAAGUUUGCAGUUACUUUUGAUGAGGCAUUUUGGGGAUCUGAGAGUGGAGGAACCAUGUACUAUGGCUUCCAGUCUGUCCUGGAAGAUGAAAACCGUGGACCGGUGGGCAUUGUUUAUGAUGCAACGUCUGCAAGAGGGAAUCCUGCACUUGCUGGCUUUAUAUCAUCACCUGAAGGCUUUGAGAAUGAUCCUAGUCGACGUCAGCUGGCUAUCCUGGACCUUCUAGAAGAUGUUGUUGGAUCUGGGGUGCGCAAUUAUGUUGACUUCUCCCAGCGGGAUUGGAGCCGUGAACCCUACAAUGGCGGCUGUUUUCUCAAGUCUUUGAUGCCUGGUACUACAAAAUACUUUAACAAUGUCUUACGGGAGCCUGUCGACAGGCUGCAUUUUGCUGGAACAGAAACAGCUACUGUGUGGUGUGGUUUCAUGAACGGGGCAAUACAGUCAGGCUUCAGGGCAGCCACAGAAGUACUGUAUCAUCUUCGUCCUCAUGUGAUUGCCUGCCCUGACCCACCACCAGACUGUAGCUUAAGUACAGAAGCCCCUGACUUUCCACCAGAACCAAAUGCUCCAUUGAAGUAUGUGGGAUAUAUAGCUUUUGGAGCUGGCCUGGCAUCUUUGGCAUUUUUUCUCUUGACAUCAGAUAAAGUUCCCAGAUCAGGUUUUGCGAAGACUAUUCGACUAGUAUUUGAUCAAUUGAAAUCAGAUUAACAGUGGUAGGAACUUAGGAGCAUGUCAGUUUAUCCUGUGAUUGCUGCAAAAUGUACAAGAGCUAUUUUCUAAUGAUUCAGAUACAGCUAAAGCUAAUUGAAAUCUUUUAAAGUGCAAGGUGUAAUCAUGAGCGAUGAAAAUAUUUUCUUCACAGGCAGACACUGCAUCACGCACUGUUUAAAGCAUCUUUUUUCUCUCUUAAAAGUUUCUCUCUUCACUUUCAUGUAACAUUCACUUUCUUUUCUUCCCCCCCCCCUCCUUUUUCUUGGUCAACCACAAGACCUUCGAUUUCUUCCGAUUACAGCCUUAGAGGGCAAAGGCAGAACACUAACCAGUUUCAGUGUUAUGCAGUCCAGCAUAUUUCCCCCAGUUUAUCCAGCUGUUGAAUGGAUUCCUGUGUAGGAUAAGGAAACAAGUUUGAUGGGGUUAAGUGCCAUCCUCAAAAAAGAACUUGCCACAAGACAAGCUUUUUUCUAACACCUCACCUCCGCUGCUAACACACACACACAAAUCGAAUGUUACAGAACUACCUAUACCUUAAUAGAAGUAUUAUUCCAGCAGCGACAUUCAAGUUUAUUAUAAUCAAGUUUUGAUUGAAACAAGUUUCAGGUGCAUUUUUGGGGGGAUAAGUUUUAUAAAGUUUUAGUAAUCAUGAUUACUAUUUUACAUGACAAGUUGUUGUAAAAUAUGCCUCCCAGAUGUUAAUAUUUGUACUUAAAUGGCUUUUGCAGGUUCCUGAAUAUUACAUGACAAUUACAUGAUUGACCCAUUCAACCCGAUUUUGCUACAAAAUCUAAAUGUAAUGGGUAACUGUUGAAAUUGCCAUGGUGUUUUUAUCAGAAUAGUGGUUGAUAACUGCUGAAAGAAAUAAGGGCAGCAAAAAUGAGUUGUGCCAUCAUUUGCCUGCGGUUUUUCUGGAUGUGUGCCUCAUAUACAAAUGGUUACAUAGUAUUUACAAGUCUCUUCUUUGCCAUGUGUUUUUAAAUGAUGUAACAGCAUGUAUGUUUAUGAUAUGAAUGCUUGAGUGAAAUGGAUGCAAAAUAUUUAUGCAUUUUGAGUGACUUGUAAGAUGUGAUGAAGCUGCAUUCAGAAUCUAGUCUAUGAUCACCAACAGAUCACUGCCUUCUAGUUGGAAGAAAGAAAGCAGCAUUUGAAUGUUAUGAUCAGAUGUAGCAAAGCCAUAGAAGCAGAAUGUGAUGACUCAAAAUUCUUUCAAAGUGGACAAUAAUGUGCAGCUUGUAAUUAUCAGGUGCUAUGCACUUUGUGUAGUUCUUAAAAGCUCUCUUUCCCUUACCCACCACCUCUGGUGUAAUUCUAGCAGAUGUAGAGCCCAUUAGGUGAGAUAAAUCUGUGCCCUAUUGGAAAGUGAUUCUGGGUUGUGAUAGUGCCUAUACAGGUAGUCCUCGGGUUACGGUGGUCUCGAGUUAGGUCGUUUCGUGGUUACGACGCUUUAUACCAUGCUCAUUCCGACUUGCGAGGUUUAGCAUCGUAAGUCGAACUGUGCGUGCGCCUCAUUCCACGUGCGGCGGAAGUCAUAAGGCAAUCUGAGAAGGGGAAACAGCAA